AUGAAACGAAAUUGUCUGGGAACCGUAGACAUAUCAAUUCGCACUGAGAACUGGAAUUUUUGGAACUUGGAAUGGAGAAGACGUCUUUUAGAAUCUCAAGAACUUGAAGGAAUCUCUCAAUUGCAGAAAAAACCUUUUGUUUGUAUAAUAAAGUUGGCUGGUAAAAUGCAAAGUGUCUGUCUUCCUGAAGAACAAUCUCGAGGAUCGCCCUCAAAUACGAGAAUGUCGUUCCCCAUCACAACCCACACGUCUCCCCUCGUUUUGGAUGUUUCAUUACUAUGUCAAACGGAAACAAUGCCUGUUGUUGUAGGUGAAGGCCGUGUUCCACUCGACAAUGCUAUCUCUAAAAGUCAUGAUGAAUGUAUAUUACCGCUUCGUAAUGCUCUGAAUGAAACAAGUGCUUUCCUGAGACUACAGCUAUUAUUUUCGCGUGAACGCAGAUCGUUGAGACAUCCAAUGCGAUCAGCGUUCUAUAUUCAACGUUCCAACCGCUCUCUUCCAUAUCGACCAACACCAGCAAUGUCAGAAGUGAGUCUUAUUACUCUUCCACGUCCACAAGAAGCACCUGAACUUGUGCAUGUGGACAUUCAGGAAAAGGAAAUUGAGUCAAGAGGGUGGCAGCCGUACCGAUAUGUAUUCACAACAACCCCGUAUUCCCCAAAGUCAUUUGAAGUUCCUUCUCGCUAA